GAAGCAGCCGUCGGAGAAGCCCCGCCCCCUUUCCGAACUAACAUGGCGUCUGCUCCUGGAGCUGCAGUCAUUCCUGUGCACUAGCCGCUGUGGGGCUCAUGAACGCGUGUAAUAACCGCUAGAGGAGGAGACUUUCUGUCACACAGAGGACGCGAUGCGUGUAGCGCUCAGCUCCGUGUUCAGCUCCGCGCUCAGCUCCGCGCUGUCCCCGCGGGUCCGGGUCCGGGUCCGGGUCUCUGUCUGCACCCCCAGCAGGGCGGCUUCCUCAGGGACCCUGCAGAUAAGAGACGCGCUGAACUUCUGGGGCGGAAACAGAGUCAGUCUGGAGGGAGAGACUGGAUCAGAGCCGGUCUACGAGCCUGCGACAGGACGUGUGUUAUGCCAGCUGCAGCCUUGCCGAGCGGCGCAGGUCGACGAGGCCGUAAACAGCGCCCGCUCCGCUUUCACACACUGGAGUAAGAUGGCUGGAAUGGAGCGAGCUGGGAUCAUGCUGGAGGCAGCACGACUCAUCCAGAAAAGAAGGGAAGAGAUUGCCGAGGUGGAGGUGGUCAACAACGGCAAGUCGAUCACCGAGGCGCGGCUGGACGUGGACUCGGCCCGGCUGUGUAUCGAGUAUUUUGCGGGUCUUGCAACAACUAUGGCAGGGCAGCAUGUGCAGCUAGCAGGAGGAUCGUUCGCUUACACGCGCCGGGAGCCGUUGGGAGUGUGUGUAGGAAUCGGAGCGUGGAAUUACCCGUUCCAGAUCGCAGCGUGGAAGUCGGCUCCGGCUCUCGCCUGCGGGAACUCGAUGGUGUUCAAGCCGUCCCCGGUGACCCCGGUGAGUGCGGUGCUGCUGGCUGAGAUCUACGCGCAGGCUGGCGUUCCUGACGGUUUGUUUAAUGUAGUGCAGGGCGCUCAGGAGACGGGCGCUCUGCUGUGCCAACACCCUGCCGUGGCCAAGGUCUCCUUCACCGGGAGUGUGCAAACUGGCAAGAAGAUAAUGGAGAUGGCGUCCAAAGGCGUGAAACCGGUGACCCUGGAGCUUGGUGGCAAAUCUCCACUGAUAAUCUUUGAGGAUUGUAACCUCGAGAAUGCAAUCAGGGGAGCACUUAUGGCCAACUUCCUUUCUCAGGGCCAGGUGUGCAGUAACGGGACGCGGGUGUUUGUGCACAGACCGAUCCUCGCCCAGUUUUUGGAGGAGGUGGUGAGGAGAACCAGAGCGAUCCGGAUCGGAGAUCCCCUGCUGGAGGAGACGCGUAUGGGGGCGCUGGUCAGCAGGGAGCACCUACAAAAAGUGCUGAACUACGUGGAACAGGCCAAGACGGAGGGGGCUCGAGUGCUGUGUGGAGGAGAGCCCUUCGUUCCAGCAGACCCUAAACUCAAACACGGAUAUUACAUGACUCCCUGUGUGCUUGACAACUGUACAGACAACAUGACGUGUGUCAGAGAGGAAAUCUUCGGGCCUGUGAUGUCGGUGUUGACCUUCGACACAGAGGAUGAAGUUCUUCGCAGGGCUAAUGACACCACCAUGGGCCUGGCUGCUGGAGUUUUCACCAAAGACAUUCAGAGAGCACAUCGAGUGAUUGAGAACCUGCAGGCUGGCUCCUGUUUCAUCAACAACUACAACAUCACGCCUGUGGAGGUGCCAUUUGGAGGCUAUAAAACUUCAGGUAUAGGAAGAGAAAACGGCCAGGUGACCAUCGAGUACUACUCGCAGCUCAAGACUGUGGUGGUUGAAAUGGGAGACGUGGACAGUCUCUUUUAAACACAGGACAAACAGAGAACAUCCAUGAUGUCCAUUCUGAACUCUAGGUCUUACUGCAACUCAGUCUAACAAGUGACAAUUAUCAAAGCCUAAAGGAACAGAAUUUGCGACAGUGAACAGGGAGACUGCGUCAUAAAGACGAGUCACUAGAAAUAAGAACGUCAUAACUUUGCAUUAUUGCUGAUUGGUAAUUAACUACCAUGUAUAAGGAGCGGGCAUAUAAUCAGGUAGUAGCUAAUUAUGACCUCAAAGUUGUAUUUGAUUCACAACUGACGUAUGUUUGCCAAUGUGUAAUGGGGAAUAUGUUCAUUAAGUCACUGGAAAUGUAACGUUAUGUUCUGGUGCUAAAUAGAUAUGAUUGUGUUUGGAACAGAAUCAUGAGUGGUGUCAGUAUUGUAGAUCUACUCACAGGAUCAUCCAGCUCAGAGAUGUUCACUGUUCAAUUAUCUUUAAAUGGACAUUAACAAUUAAUCAGUAUUUAUUCUCGGUACGUACUGCUGCUGAUUCUACAAAGUGCCUUAUUAUGAGAAGGGGUGGAAUGAUAGAGGGAGAAAAAAAAAAAAAGCCCUGGUGUAAUUCAC